GGUGAAAUCUCUGUGAUAACUAUUCCCCUUCUCAUUGUUGCUUCCAAACUAAAUUGCCCAAGACGUGCUACGAAUAAGGAACUCUCGUGGAUGAGGGAACCAAGGGAAGCUGCUUACAAGCAUUAACCGUGUCCUUGAUAGUCAAGUUGUAACAGCUAGCAGACAGUCUGCUGCAGACUGCCUACCUGUCUCCCAGCAAGAAGACUUCCUGGGUAGGUAUGUAUUGGAACAGUCGCAAUGGUCGACUGCUGGGUGUAGCAACGUUCCCUCUCUCGUCUGCCUGUAUCCCAUGCGGUGUAAAGUAUCGCAAUCCAAUCAUAAAAUGCUCGCGCUAUAGACGAGUCAACCCAGCGUUGACCCAGCAAAUUCUCAGACUGAGCUCCUUCGCAAUGGAGAAGAAAUCAGCACCAAUGCCCAAGUUGUUGUAUGGGACAGCCUGGAAGAAAGAUGCCACGGCCGAUCUCGUGUUCUUAGCCCUGAAGACCGGAUUCAGGGGUAUCGAUACAGCAGCUCAGCCGCGACAUUAUAGAGAGGAUCUAGUCGGGGCCGCUGUUAAACAAGCAAUAUCAUCGAAUAUCGUAAAGCGGGAUGAUUUGUUUGUUCAAACCAAAUUCACUUCGGUAGACGGUCAAGAUCCAAAUAACUUACCUUACGACCUGAACGCCCCCCUAGAAGAACAAGUCCACUCCUCUGUAGCGUCAUCUCUUAACAAUUUCCGCUACUCAGACUCAGAGUCAGACGAGCCCUAUAUUGAUAGCUUGGUUCUGCACUCUCCCCUUCGUACGCUUGCAGAAACGGCCAUAGUGUGGGAAACGCUGGAAACAUAUGUGCCGCACAAGAUCAGACAGCUGGGGAUCUCUAACGCGCCACUGGAAGUUGUUGAUUACCUAAACACCAACCCUGAUAUUAUCGUUCGUCCGGCCUGCGUACAGAACCGCUUUUACCCAGCUACGCAUUGGGAAGUAGAUCUGCGAGCUUACUGCCGAGAAAUGGGCAUCGUUUUCCAAGCGUUCUGGACGUUAUCGGGGAAUCCUCAGCUUCUAAUGAGUACAAACGUCCAUACCCUAGCUACGAAGGCGAACGUCGAGCUGCCCGUUGCAUUGUAUGCGCUUGUGCUUGGUCUCGGAGGUACAUCGAUUCUCGACGGGACGACUAACGAGGCACAUAUGAAGAGCGACCUAGAGGGUAUUGACACUGUGAGUGCGUACGCACGGAGCAAAGACGGCCAACACGUCUGGUCAGAGUGUCUAUGCAAUUUCAAGAAGCAGAUCGGAGAGAAAUGAUAAAACCGACAUGUAUUAUAUCAUAUUGACAAGAAACUCUACAGCGGCUGGGAAAAGGGGGGCAGACUAGGUACCUACCUAUGUAGUAUCAAAUCAAGGCACUAAAAUGGCGAAGGCC